GCGCGCGUCGCCUCGCAAGUACCCACAAACAUCGGUGGGAGGGGAGAUGGAUACGUGAAUCUACAGAACAACAAAACAUGACCAUGAUCAUGAAGAAACAUUAACGUUAAUCAUAAAAAUUAUGUAAUUCUACUAAAAAUAAUGAUUUGAAAAAUUGUAGACUCGUCAGGUUUUGUGUUGGGGAAAGUGAUCGACAAACAAAAAACGAAAGUGGGGUUAGGGCUCAACGUUCUGCUUGUGUCUACUAUAUUGGGAAGUAACAAAAAAAAUCAUGUUCAAAAACACUUUCCAAAGCGGGUUUUUAUCGAUUUUGUACAGCAUCGGAAGUAAACCGCUACAAAUAUGGGACAAAAAAGUGCGAAAUGGUCACAUUAAAAGAAUCACCGACAACGAUAUACAGAGUCUUGUUUUGGAAAUUCUUGGCAGCAAUGUCAGUACGACGUACAUCACGUGUCCGGCUGAUCCGAGAAAAACUCUAGGCAUAAAAUUACCUUUUUUAGUUAUGAUUAUAAAAAAUCUGAAAAAAUACUUCACCUUCGAAGUUCAAGUAAUCGAUGACAAAAAUGUGAGAAGACGUUUCAGAGCAAGUAAUUAUCAAUCAACGACUCGAGUUAAGCCAUUCAUCUGUACGAUGCCGAUGCGCCUCGACGACGGAUGGAAUCAGAUACAAUUCAACCUCGCUGAUUUUACUCGUCGAGCCUAUGGCACUAACUAUGUCGAAACACUGAGAGUUCAAAUUCACGCCAAUUGUCGAAUACGAAGGGUUUACUUUUCAGACCGACUCUACUCGGAAGAUGAAUUACCCGCUGAAUUUAAACUGUUCCUGCCUAUUCAAAAUAAAGCAAAGUGUUGAUCGA